AUCCAUUUACGCCCUAGUUACCACUUAACUCUGCAACAACACGAACGCGUCCGCCGAAACCAUGGUUAAAAACCUGAUUUUCGUCUUCUAUUUCGUCGCCACCAUAUUUGCCACUGACAGUUACAAAAUUCUCGGCAUUUUCCCGUCAUUAGACCGCAACAACUACCUCACAUACCGCGGACUGUUCAACGAAUUGGCCAAUCGUGAUCAUGAAGUGACUCUCGUUAGCCAUUUUCAGCUGCCUAACCCUCCAGCGGGUUACAAAGAAAUACUUCUAAGUGAUACAACAAAACAUGUGUUCAAAGGACUAUCCUUCGAGUCGGUGAUAGUCAACGAAGUGUCGCGAUUACCUUUCGAAGCUUUAGUGUCAACUAAGUCCGGAAACGACGACUGCAAGACUCUAAUGAAUAAUCACCAUGUACUAAACAUGAUAAAAAUUCAACCUAAAUACGAUGUGAUAUUGGUGGAAUCGUAUAAUAGUGACUGUGGAUUGGCAUUGGCUGCGAAUUUGAGUGCACCGUACAUCGCGUUUAAUCCCCAGCCGAUACAAUCAUGGCAGUAUAAUCGAUUGGGAAUCAAUUUCAACGCAGCGAAUGUUCCCCAAGCUGCAUUACCUUACGGGAAAGAGCCUUGGUUCUUUGACCGUUUGAAGAGCUACGUGCUGUAUUAUAUUUCGAAUUGGGUGUAUUACAUUGGUUCCCAAGUGACAGACCAUGUGUAUUUGUACAAGUAUCUAGGUGACCAAUUGCCUUCGUUAGAAAACAUAGCGUCGAAUGCUAGUUUGAUGUUUGUAAACACACACCAGUCUGUGUUUGGGGGCGUGGCCAGGCCUGACAACGUUAUUGAUAUUGGAGGCAUACACGUGAGGCCUCCUAAACUGAUUCCCACUGAAAUCGAGCGAUUUAUAAAUGAAGCAGAAUAUGGCGUAAUUUAUAUGAAUCUUGGUUCUACAGUGAAGGAUACAACACUACCAACGGAAAAAUUAAAUGACCUACUGUCUACGUUCAGGAAACUACCUAUGAGGGUACUUUGGAAAUGGGAUGGUGGAGUCAUAAGCAACCUCCCUAGAAACGUUAUGACCCUGAGAUGGUUCCCACAAUAUGAUAUUUUGAAGCACGAAAACGUGAAAGCUUUCAUCACACAUGCCGGAAUCCUCAGUACUAUAGAAGCAAUAGAUGCUGGUAUACCAGUUGUUGCUAUUCCUCUCUUUGGAGAUCAGUAUGGUAACGCAGCCGCCUUGAGAGACAUUGGUGUUGCUUCCAUUGUAGAGUACCGGGAUCUGAGGAAGGAGUUUCUUUUGGAUGCUAUUAACGAGAUUUUGGAACCGAAAAUUCAACAACAAGCUAAACUAGUAUCCCGCCUUUGGCAUGACCGUCCAAUGUCAGCGCUUGAAACCGCCAUCUACUGGACGGAGUAUGUAGCUCGAUACCACGGUGCACCCAACUUAGCAGCGACAUCUGUACAAAAGCCGUGGUACCAACAACUUCAGUUAGACGUCUUGGCUUUUGUGGCGCUAGUAGCAUAUAUUCUAACAAAAGUUCUUUGUAAAAUUAUCUCUGUUUGCUGUUGCUCAUGUUGUGGUAAUGACGACAAACGAACGUACAAUGAAGAAAGGAGAACCAAAAGAGUGAAAUUUGAAUAAAUUGAUAUAGAUACCAUCUCAAUGGCUUUAAAUUGAGUUGCUUACAGCGACAUCUGUUAUGAGAGAAAAUUAUG